GGAGGACAUUGCCUCAUGCUCUGGAGGGUGCAUGGAUAUCUGGCAAGGGCAGACUAGGAGCAAAUUCAGCUGUAGGUCAGAGUUGCUCAAGGUAAAUGCACGUGAAUGGUAAUUAGUGAGACCAGAAAGAGAAACCUGUACAUGAGAACUUGUCAAAGGAAAUGUAGAUGUGCCUGUAUUUUGCUCUAGAAAUAAACAGUAGGUGUAACUCUAGUUUGCUUAUCUGAGUAAAAGCAGGGCUUUGGAAGGAUGGGGAGAGAGUCAAGAACAGUUGAAGAUCUUAUUUGUUUAAGCUUUCCUUGUCUGGGCAGGACGGCAGUUGACAUGACUGCAGCAGGGUUGGGCUGUUGCCUCUUUCCUUUCUUUGCCAGCUUGCUUUGUUUCUUUCCCUUGUGCCUGGCUUCCCCAUUUUCAUGCCUGCUUAAGGGCCUUCAGCUUCUUGCAGUGUCUUGCUGCUUCCCAGCACUGCAGACACAAGUCAUGAGGAGAUGAGGUUGACUCUUCUGCCCUCAGUGGUCUUUGUCAGCUUGUUCUCAUCUUUGCAACUCUGAGAUAUGUGAGUUAAAUGAUGUCUUGCAGAGCAGCUACCAGGUAGUCAUUGGCAAUGUGGCUCACUUGUUCUUGAUAGGUUACUGCCACUACAAGCUGUGGGGAGCUCUUUGUAUUAAUUAGUUGGCAUGCUUACAGUGCAAAGUGUAUCUCCUCAUUCGGCCUGAAAUGUAUAUAAACAAUAUAAGUUAUUUCUCUUCUCCUUUUGUCCUCACAGCUUUUGAGACUCAGCAACUGCUCCAGAGAAGUGUCCUGUGUAAAACCCCAGGCUCCUGUGCAAUGUACCAGUCCAGCUUUGUGCCACGGGAAUAUUACCCAGCCAUGAUCCUACCUUCUGCCUACACCUACCCCCCGCUGCGGCGUGGGAGAGCAGAAGACAUGUCCAGCUCUGUGAUGUUCCCUCCCAUCCACAUGCACAACUUCUACAGUCGACCCAUCACCUUUGUGGUGGACCGGAACAGCUACCCUGACUAUGCAGGAGGUCAGGUGGAGUAUCACCAUCUCUAUAGUGCCUCCCAUCCCUACAUCCAUCCAUACCACACCUGGCAGUUCCCUCCCAUGGUUCCUGUUCCUCUCUACAAUCCCUAUGCAAACUACCAUCCCUAUGCUGCCUGUCAGAGGUCAGAUCAGUAUCGAGACACGUGGCCAGAAGGCUUCACAAUGAGAGGGGAGCUUCAGUGGGGGAAGCUUGGAAAGGUGUUUGGGCCAAGGAAAGACCUCCCAGAAUUUGUGAAGGAUGAUCUCCGGAGGGUUUAUGGCACCUACCCCCGGACUAAUGUUUCCAUAUCCUAUCGGAAAGGAGAGUUCUUGGUCAAGGGAGACCCCAAGAUAGAAGACCAGGAAUAUGCAGUGGAGAAAAAGGUCAUCCAGCGGGCUGUGACCCCCAGUGCCAGUGAGGCAGAUGACAGCAGUGAGGACCGGAACCGUAAGAAGAAAAAGAAACUGAGACGUUGAGGUAGUUAGAUACCCAAUGGACUGAUCUCCAGUACCCUCUUGGGAGCCAGCUGGCAGCUGUUUUUGGUGUGGCUGGCAAGUAACACAAGCAAUGGAUGCCACCAUUCCUGUUGAUUUCUUUUAAUUGCUCCUUAUUCUCCACAAUGGGUGGAUUUCCCCUUUUUGAUGCACAAGUUGCCUUCUCUUCCUGGAGGUUUGAGGCUCAGUUGCUGCCCAGCUGCAGAACUGAAUCCAUAGGGCAUUUUGAAGGCUUUAACGCCUAUGGAAUUCAGUUCUCAGAGCCAAGCAGCCAGUGCGAGUCAGCUUCC